AUGUCUUUAGAAUAUUCUUCACUGAAUGAUCUGGCAAUUUCGUUGAUCGAAAAAAUCGAUCGAUCAUUAAUUUUUCCGCCUCACCUAAGUGAACCCGAAGAGUUACUUAACAUUUCCAAAAAAUUUAACACCAGACCACCAAGACCACCUAAUGGCUUUUUGAUUUGUCGUAAAAACGUUCACAACCAAGCAAAGCAACGAGGAAUCUGUAACAUGAGAGUGAUCAGCAAAGUAACAGGAAUGUUGUGGCGCAGUGCUUCGUCAGACGAGAAAGAAGAAUAUGAAAGAUUAGCUGCAAGAGUUGUCAAUUUACAUACUCACCGAUACCCUGAAUUUAAGUAUCGUUCAUCUUCUUCCAAAAGUAAUCGUAAGACGGAAUUGUAUCGACCAUACGUUUUUUCAGUGUCUGAAGAAAUCACAAAAAAAUCAUCAUCAAAUUCAACGACAUCAAAGUCACCAUUAGAAAUGGAGCCGGUCAUUCCCGAGAUGACAUCACCUAUUCAGGGGACGCCUCCCCUUACCUUUGAAGAAUUACAAUUAUUAAUAAACACUACUUAUCUAGGACUACCCGAAGUUUUUUUACCCAAUUUGUUCUAA